AUGCAAAUUAAAGAUAAAGUCGCAAUUGUCACAGGUGGUUCGAAUGGUUUUGGUGCUGCUUUAGUUAGACGACUCAUUCAUGAAGGUGCCCGAGUAAUUAUUGGCGAUAUUGAUAAAAAGGCAGGACAAGAGCUUGAAACAGAGUUGAAUAAAAACAAUAAAAUUAAUGCAAUAUUUGUCUUUUGUGAUGUAACAAAUUUCGAACAUUUACGUCAAUUGUUCGAAAUUGCACAGAAUAAGUUUGGAGGUGUUGAUGUAAGUAUCGUGUGCAAUAAUGCAGGAAUUGCACAAGAAAAUGAAUUUUAUGAUCAAACUGAUCGUUGGGUAAACACUAUUAAUAUUAAUUUAAAUGCGGUAAUUAAAGGUACACAAUUAGCAAUUCAAUUUAUGAAAAAACGUGGUGGAGGUGUUAUCGUAAAUACAGCUUCAAUGUCUGCAUUUUAUCCAUUGACCGUUGCACCAGUAUAUAGUUCCACAAAACGUGCUGUUGUUGGUUUCACGCAAUCACUACGUGAUCUAAACGAUACUGAUAAAAUUCGGGUUAAUGCCAUUGCACCUUCGUUUGUUGCUACGCGUUUGACACAAGAAAUGAAGUCAAAACAAUUUGAAGAAAUGAUUAAGAAAACUGGUUAUGUUCAUAUUGAUGAAGUGAUUAAUGCUUUUAUAAUGGCUAUACAAGAUGAUAAAUUUGCGGGUGAUAUCAUCAUGGUUCCAAAAACGAACAGAUUAAAAAUUUUGCCAAGGUCGUCCUUGUAA